AUGCCUGGCUAUGAAAAUGAGAGAGCCCGUUUGAGACAAUAUUUAGGCAUUGAAUGGAGGCCUAGAGGGUUGGAAAGGAUGGAUGAUGGUAUUUUAGAUUAUUUUAAAUUUAAAUGUUGUUAUUUCUUAUCAGAACAACAAGCUCGAUUUUUGCGGCAUUCAAGUGAUUUAAAUUGUGAUUUCUCUAACCCAGACAAAUGCAGAUGGAGGAAUCUUCGAAAACCUGGAUUUGAUACAUUAGACUUUCAUUUAUUUAGGAAGGAGGAUUAUACUGAAUUUCCGGCAAGUGAAAGACGAUACUGUUUAAAAUAUAAAAAUUUCUCGAUUUUUCAGAUGCUUCAGGUUAGGCCGGGUCCUUCAAGAGUGCGUGUAGGUGAUCAAUUACUGCUUGUUGGAGAUAAGAAAAGACAAGAACAAACAGCUAUACUAAUUAGUCAUCCAAUUAAAUGUCAAAAUACAACUGGAAAAUUAACUUUUACGUUUUGGGUUUAUAAUGGUGCUAGAUUGGAGGUUAUAAUGCUUGAAGAACGAGAUGAGGGAAAAUCUUUGCAUAUUUUACCUGAAAAGCCCCAUAUAGACUGUGGAACUGUCCAUAUAAACACUGAAUGUACAGCAAUACUUCCCCCUCUCGACCAUCCUUUCCAUAUUGGACUUAGAGCUUAUGAUAUGCGGAAUACAGAGGGAUCCUUUGUUUUAUUAGAUAAUUUAUUUUAUGAAGCUGAAUUUUGUAGAGUUUCGAGUGGGCUUAUAUCAAGUUCAACUAAAGGCGAACCUGUUGAUAAACCUUCUUCUCUAACUUGUACAGAAUUUGACGAAAAUUGUAGGUGGAGAAAUAUGGGAUAUGGAGAACAUGGGAUUUGGCGUAGAGCUAUUGGAAUACUUCCCCCAUUAAUUCUUUUUAACGAAACUGGGACUGAUAUACAACCUAAUUUACCUGCUGCUUUUUUAUAUAUUGAGGAACAAACUGAUAUGCCACAACAUACAAACAUAAUUUCCUCAAAAGAUUUACACGAUGCAAGCACUUUAGAACUUAGUGAUACAACAAAAGCUUUUCGAAUGUUAGCUUCUGACCCAAUAAAAUGUCCGGGUUCUACAAAUAUUAUUUUACAAUUUAGAAUUUGGUCAACAAAAGGAAUUGAAUUAAAUUUGUGUUUAUUUGAAAGACAUUCAAUGCAACAGAUUGAAGGGAAAUGUCAACAAGUACCUGUUGGUACAUCCCCAGCAAUUGUUCAACAACAAUUUCAAACACCCCCUCAAAAUACUGAAUUUAUGUUUGUAUUCCAAGUUCAAAACGUCAACAAAGAUUUUGAUAACUUUGUUUUAUUAGAUGAUAUUGAAAUGGUUACAGAUCAUUCCUCGGCUUAUUGUGGCCAAUUAGGUGCUGAUAUUGCUGCACAUAAGGGAUGGUUAUCUGAUGGAGGGAUGUUUACUGCCCAAAUGCUUAAUACUCUUUUAAAUAGGCCAAUACAUUCUGCUAAGGACUUAACUUGUGAUUUCUCCAAACGUGCAUUAAAUUGUCAAUGGGCCAAUCUAGAAAAAUUAACUGAUGGAAUGUCUCAGUGGGAAAUUGGGAUUUUAAGUAGUGCUAAAAAUACAAAAACGAGCGAAGAUAUUCUUAUUCCAGUUGGAGAUGUAGCUUUAGCUCGCCUCGAUUCUCAUAAUAAAUCUGCAAUACUCUUAUCUGAACGUAUUCUCUGUACACUUCCCUCUUUAACCAAUACAAAUGGAAAUAGUGGAACUUUAUCUUUUCGAAGUUGGGGGAGUGGAAAUGGAAUCAAAUUGAAUGUUUGUAUUAUUAGAGCAGAUUCCUUAGAAGUUUUGGAUUGCCAAAAUGUUGGGGGAAAUGAUGGAGAAAGAAAAUUGACUGAAGAAGGGGAUGAGAUUCUGGUGGAAGUUCCUCGAUUAGAUGAACCUAUCCGCCUUGCUCUCCGAGCUGAAACUAUUGGUGAGAAUGGUGGAGGGCUUAUUGCUAUAGAUGAUUUGAAAUUUCAGGCAAUAUAUUUUUAUGUCUGCCGUCUCUUAAAAUGUGAUUUUGAACGUGAUGGAAGUAUGUGCCUGUAUACCUCUAGUCGAGUUGCUGCUUCUGUUUCAAUGUUCCGUGCUUAUAACAACAGUGCAUUUACUGUUCUAUUUACUCGAAGUAAAGUAGCAAUAUUAGAAUCUCCAAUAUUCCAUUUAAAUACACCUGCAAGGCUACAUUUUGAUUAUUUUGUUAGUAAAGGACCAGCAAAGUUACAUUUUUGUCAAGAUAGUGUAAUGCGUGAUCUUUCUUCGUGUUUUAUAAUUUCCGCGGAGGGAGAGACUUUUGGGUGGAAACAUGAUUUUAUUGAGGUAUUGCCAACAGAUCGAAAACUUUAUUUAAUUGCCAGACUAGAUGGCAAGGGCAGGGCAAAUGUACAGAUUGAUAAUUUGGAAUUAACUGAUAUAAUGGAUCACAGCAUUUGCUGAAUAUUAAGAAAUAUAAAAUAAUUAGC